UUAUUAUUAUUUGGGGGAAAAAAAGAAUGAAGGAUGAAGAAGGUGAGUCUUGUUGGGAUGGAUUUGUAGUCGGCGCGGUGGAGGCGAAGAGAAUGAGUAGUGGCUUUAAAUUGGAUGAAAUUAAAUUAGAUUAAAUUAAUUACUUGUUCAUAAGCCUUUCUCUGUCACCGUAAUUGUGGAAUCCUCGGCCUUUCCCCAAGCUUUUCAGCGCCUGCAAAGUAAGAUUUCUUCGUUGAUGGUGUGGUUUUGAUGAUUUGGGGAAGACGUGGUUAGAGUAGGAAUGGAAGACCCCAAAACCCCAGAAACCCUAAAAGUUCAAAGUCCUGCGAUUGAAACGAGCGAGGAUAUUUCGGGGUUUUCUGGGUUGGCUGAUUUGAGUGCGGGAUUAACGGCGGAGAUUCUGGUAGUUGAAAAUGGCGUAGCGGUUAGUGAUUGCAGUAACGAGGCUGAGAUUAGCAAUGUCGAAUUGAGGAAUGAGGAAGAUGAGGAGAGAAUAGAUGGUUCUGAGAGGGAAAUUUUGGAUGCUGGUGUGGUUGCAGCAGGUGAUGUUGAAGCAGACGGUGGUAAUGGUGGUGAGGCUGAGAAUGACCAGAAAGAAGGCAACACUGUGGAAUUAGGUGGUGUGUCUACAGGUGAAAACUCGGAAGUCCCCGGAGAUGGUAUGCCACUUGCAAUGGACUUCUCGAACAUUCAGCAGGAAGAACCAGAACCUUCCAAGUCGAUCGGAACAGAAGAAAUGUCGAAAGAAGCUGGAGAUGAAAAACAGGUUAUUGAAAAUGGUCAAGAGCACAAAUUUUCGGUUGGUGAUGUGAUAUGGGUCAAGACGAAAAGUCAGACAUGGUGGCCUGGGAAGAUAUAUCCUUCGGAUGCAGCAGAGAGUGACGUAAGUAGCCGGGAUGAUAGUCUAUUAGUUGGCUAUUUUGGAAGCAGCCACAUGACAUGGUGCUCUUCAUCUCAGUUGAUACCCUUCGCUGAUAACUUUGAGCAAAUGUCUGGGAAAUCCAAGUCUCGAAGCUUCCUCGGAGCCGUAGAGCAAGCCGUGGAUGAGUUUGGUAGGUGUGUGAAGUUGGAGAUGUCGUGUUCGUGUAUUCCAGAACGAAAUUACCCUUUAGAAGGUAAUGGUGAAUCAAAGGAUACAGCUUCCCGGCGUGAGCGCAAGUCUAGUCUACUUGCUAAAUAUUCUAUUGCUCAGUAUGAACCCGAAACAUUCCUAGCACGCGUUAAGGGUCUUGCAGAGACUGCUUCCCUAUGUGGAGUGUUUGAGUUGAGUAUCCUAUACAAUCAAUUAGCAGCUUUUCAAAGCUCAAUAGGACACGAGCAGUUACCUUUGCAUCAACUCAGGGAAGCUCAUGAUGAUGAAGACAAUGAGGUGGGCAAAUCAGUGAGAAAAAGCAAAGUUGGUGCUACAGUUGCAGAUGAAGAACAGGUAGAAGGGGGCACACAGAGCUCGCCAUUAGAGACACCAUCCAUAGGAUCAGAUGUUCUGUGCGAAAAGAUGGAAGGGAAGAAUGAAGAUCCUAACAAGGUUCUAGAUGGAAGCAUGGAAGCUAGGAAAAGGAGCUCCAGAAGAAUGGCAAUUUCUAAUGGAGGAAUAGAACCAAAAUCUGCAAAGAGAAAUGGACAUGAAAAAAUUGAAGAUUUUGAAUCUAGUGAAAUGGAUUCCUCAAUCAAGGGAGAGGUGAUCAAUCCAUUAACAGAUGAAAUUAAGGAUUCUGGUGUAGAAAACUUCGAUGAUGAGAGCAAAGGAACGCCAGAAAAGAGGUCUGAGACACGAGAGCGGAAGAAGAGCAAGUAUUUAUCUUUUCCAUAUAUAAACUGGGGGCAGAAAGGUAUGCCAGCUGAAACAGAUGAUAUUAGAGCUCUUAAAAUUUCUGGCGAAGAUGCAGAUGAAUAUGCAGUCGAGGGCCAGAAUGAAACCCCAUUGCUAUCUAAAUGCAGUGGCAAGUUCUGGAAGAAGUGGUACCGGAAUAUCACCAGUGGGAGCGAUGUCGCUGAUAAUCAAGACUUGAUGAGUGCAUCACCAGCUGAGUUUCUCUCUGAGCUUCAUUUUACUGCUGUAGAUUGUCUUUAUCCAAACGAAAUCAGCAACUUUGAUGCGGUUGCGCAGUUCUUCUCCAGGUUUAGAAUUUUGAUGUUUCAUGAUGAAUCUGUCAAUGGUGGCCAAAAUGAGGCAAUGGCUGCCGAUUUAUUUUUUCUUGGGGGAAAGGUGUCGGAGGUUAAGCAUCCUUCCUCGACGCCUAAAUCUGGGAUCAAGAAAAGAAAAGGUCAGGCAAUGAAAUCCAAACUAAUCUCUGGUGAUGUGGAUUUGACUGGACAACCUGAAUUAUGUCCUGCAGGAGAUGCACAGAAAAAAAGUCCUCUGACUUCCAAUGUGAAGUCAAAAAAAGAUGGAGAAAGCUUGGGGAAAUUGAAGACUAAAUCCCUUUCUGCCUUGUCAGAUGUGAACAUUAACAUAGAUUCACCAGAGCUCGGACCUCUCUCACCCAAUGGUUUAUCGAAGCGGAGGAAGCGAAAGAACAAUGAAUCACAUCCCCAGAGUAAACCAACAAUGGAGAUACCAGAUUUAAAUGGAAGCGGUACCGUAUCUGGCGUGUUGGUGGAUAAUCGGCAGGCUGUGAGCCAUGUCGUCUCCCAACAAAAGUCUGAGCCAAAGAAGAGAAGGAAACUUGGAGCUACUAAGGAGCAUUCAAAGGUGUCUACUGAAUUCAUAGAUGUGAAUAACAGCAAUAAACCUGGUUCGUUUUUUAUUGAUCUACAGGUCACAGCUCCGCAACCACUUGAUGUAAUUGUAGAGCAAAAUAAAGUGGAUUUUGCAGGAGCGCCUAACCAGUCAGUGAAUUAUCAGACAAUUGGCCAGGAUCAGAGCAAGACUGGGGGCAAAAAGCGAAAGAGGAAGGAGAAGGUUAUCUUAUCCUCUGAUAUACCUGAUUUAAAUCGAAUGGGUAUUGACAUUAGUCAAGGAAAAAAUUCCCAAUUGACUAAACCUAAGAGGAGGAGGAGGAGGAGAAAAGGUGAAGCUAGUUUGAACCAUCCAAAUCCUUCUGACAGCAGAUCAUAUAUUUAUAACAGAGUCGAAACUGAUGGUGGAGGCUUAGGAUCUUUUCUUCUUUUAAGUUUCUCUUCAGAAGCUCCCUUACCUCCCCGGGAGCAAGUUAUUAGUACGUUUAGCCAGUUUGGAUCAUUGAAGGAAUCAGAGAUUCAGUUGAAAGAUUCCACUGUUGAGAUAGUUUUCCUCCGAAGCGCCGACGCCAUGGAAGCAGUUCGGAGUUUAAAGAAGAACAACAUUUUUGGCCCAACUCUUUUAAAAUAUCAGCUCUAUCAUCUCUCGGUUCCCCCCAAGACGUCAGACUCAGACCGGGCUUGCACGGCACUGGCGUAUCCAGCUUCUGAGGGCACUCUGAACCCAUCAAAAUCAGGUGAAUUAGGAAAUCAAGCAGGUGAGACACCGCCUAUAGAGUUUAUAAGGAAGAACCUUCAGAUGAUGACGUCAAUGUUGGAGAAGUCAGGAGACAAUCUCUCCCCAGACAUGAGAGCCAAAUUGGAGAGCGAUAUUGAAGGCCUCCUCAAGAAGGUGAGUUCCAUGGCGGGCCCUUCCUCAACGUAAUAAUGGAACCAUUGUGGAUGGAUGGAUGGUGUUGGAUCAGGUUAUAUCAAGCCAGCCCCUCGUUAGUCUUGUUGAUGUAUUGUAGGUGUAGUUUAUGUAUUCUGGAGGACACACAGAUGUUAACCUAUGCGAUUCGCGGAGCUUCUCGUUUUUAUUAGUACUGCCCCUCCUCUUUGGUUACAGUAUCAUCGUGUAAGCAAUGUGGAGCCUUUGUAUUUCAUGACAUGAUUCUCACAGCGACCUCCUUAAGCUUGCGCACACGCUUAGCGUAUGCUGUCCGAGGAUCAAAUUCCUCAGUUCAAGAAAUCCAAGAUGGUCAUUGCAAGCAAUUGGCUAAUAAUCUCUAUAGGCCCCUUUGAAUGGUAAAGUUGGUUGUGUUAAAUCAAUGGGCAUUUGACUCACAUGGUAAGUAAGUAUGGACUACCUGAAGCUAUGUUUUAACCAUUUUCUAUAAGGUUCAAUGGUAUCUGAACCUUGUUUCAUGGCA